CAACUUUCGAGAAAUGCCGUCGGCGGGGCCUCUCAAGAAGCGCGUCUUGACCAAGCAGCAGUUGGAGACGAACCGCGUGCGCUCCAAGCAGUACUACGAGGACAAUCGCGACUCUGUCCUCGCCAAGCUACGCACAUACUACAAUGAAAACCGGGAGAAGGAGCGAUUGCGUCAGCGCCAAAAGUACAUGCGCAUGAGGGCGCGCAAGCUUGCCGCCAAGGUCGACGGCACCGUGGCUCCUGCGUCGCCGACACCAGACGCUUCGUGCCGCGCUCCUACUACCUCCUUGUCCAACCGUUUGAGUGUCGCGUUCCUACUCAACUAGUUGGUCUAAUUUAACUUUCUGUACCAUCGUCAUUGCCCG